AACAACAGGAAGUAGCACAGAGCGAAACCGCUGCCGUGAAUAUGCGAGCAACCCAGCGAGCUAAAUAAGUCGAGACACCUACAGUCAGACUAUUGGUGUCAAAGCUCCAGACCUCUGUGACAAGCCAGUGAGAUCACAAUGGAGAGAGCUGUGAAAACCAUCACGUUGUUGGUUGUGUUCGUGGCUUCGCAGCAGAUAAACUGCCAAGAAGGGAUUCUGCACAUUUCAAAUGGAAUCAAGGAUAGAGAGUACUGCAUCGUCCAUAAUCACUCCUGGACCCCACUGGCACAAACCCUCGAUGCUGCUAUCCAGUUUCCGCUGGUGAAUUUGAUGUCCACUUUGCUCUGUAACGGCUCAGGGGUCAGUCCAGAUGUGGUUCGGGGCAAAGCAGUAGUGGUGAUGAGGGGGGACUGUAAUUUCAGCCAGAAAGCUCUGAUUGCCCAGAGCCUCGGAGCGACCACUUUGCUAAUUGCCAGCAACAGAACAUUGAUCACUCCAUCAGCCAAUGAAUCGGAGUACGCAAAGGUUCACAUUCCUCUGGCUCUCAUGAGGUUCAGGGAUUUUCUGGAAGCACAGCAGGUGAUUGGUGAAGGGAUGAUGGUGAAGCUGUAUGCUCCAGCUCCCUCCAAGAUUGAUCCAAGCAUAGCAGUCAUCCUACUGAUAGCCAUAGUCACAGUUGCCUGGGGCGGCUACUGGAGUGGGGCAUGUGAGAGAGAUCGCUUGAAUAAUGGUUUGGCAAUGGAAGGAGGAGAAGACAGCAAAGCAGACAGCGGAGAGCUUUCCCUGUACUCUCCUCUCAAAGUGGUUUUCUUUGUCGCCAUGAUGUGUGGGAUGCUGGUCCUCAUGUAUUUCUUCUACAAUGUCCUUGUAUACAUCAUUAUUGCAAUAUUCUGCCUGGCAAGUGCCUCUGCACUGUUCAGCUGUCUUGAUGCGGUGAUGGAGAAAAUUGGCUGUGGCACUGUGAGCUUCUCUGUCCGAAACUGGAACUUCUCAGUGAGGUCUCUCUUACUGGCUGCUGUGUGCAUUAGCAUUGCUGUGUUCUGGGCAGUCAACAGAAAUGAAGACAGGUGGAUCUGGAUCUUACAGGAUCUCCUCGGCGUUGCUUUCUGCCUCAACUUCAUGAAGACAAUUUCUCUAUCCAACUUCAAGAUCUGUGUUAUUCUGCUGAGCCUCCUGCUUGUGUAUGACGUCUUCUUCGUUUUCAUUACUCCUUUCUUCACCAAGAAUGGUGUGAGCAUCAUGGUGCAGGUUGCACUGGGCCCAGAUGCAUCUGGGGAGAGAACUCAAGGUAACAUGGUGGAGAUCCCGGCUGAACCCCAGGCUCCCUCUGAGAAACUGCCAGUGGUGAUGCGUGUCCCACGGUUCUCAGCCUGGGCUCAGAACUUGUGUGGGAUGCAGUUCUCCAUUUUGGGUUACGGAGACAUCAUUGUUCCAGGUCUGCUGGUGGCCUACUGCAGCAGGUUUGAUGUUUGGAUCAACAGUCCUAAGAAGAUCUACUUUGUCAGCUGCUGCAUAGCCUACCUGCUCGGAAUGAUCCUGACCUUUGUGGUCAUGCUGCUGUCAGGGAUGGGUCAGCCUGCACUCCUCUACCUGGUGCCCUUCACCCUGAUCACCUCCGCUGUGGUGGCUGGGUGCCGGGGAGAGAUGAAGCACUUCUGGGCAGGGGCCAACAUUUAUGAGGUCUUGGACUCCAGGGAACCAUUGUUGCCAGAGGGAAGAACUAACUGCGCAGUAGGAGGCGAAAGAUGCUGACUCACAGUGAAGAGUGUGACCCAACUGCUGGAUGCUUUUAGAAUAUAUAUUUUCUAAUAUUACAUUUGCCAGGGAACAAAUGCUAUUGAUCCACACUUUCUUAAAACAUUGCAGGUUAAUUCUGACUGCUGUGAAAGGUAAAUAUAAGUUGAACCGAGCUGUUAAGUGAUUGAGCGGGUUGUUUAGUGACUGAAAUGUCUGCUAGCUUCACGUUCAGAAAACUGUAAUGACUUUGCCUUGAUGAUGUUGAUGAUUGCAAACAAAAUAAGAAAGCACUUUAUAAUAUUUCGCUUGAAGGUUGUUUAAUUGUGGACAGGGUGGGGAUUGGGGUUUAAAUUACUUGUAGCUGCCUAACGACACAUUUUGAUAACUGUUUUGAGGUUUCUGUGUUUGUAUGACGUGAUUCUUCCAUUGCCUUAUAUAUUAAAGUGAACAAAUUCUACCUAA